GGGGGGGAAGAAAACGACCUAAGAACCAUUACCAGGGAAGCCAAAAACAGAGCAUGUGCCACGCGGUGGGAAAAAGGUGAAGGAAGAAACCCGAGGACGGAAAUAAUGGAAUAAUGCCUACUCGUUGUGUUCAAUUUCAAAUUUAGACAAACGCGUCUCAGAGAAGAAGAAUUGCCUGAAAAAAGGACGGUGAAAUUACUGGAGGGUAAUGCUAGUUAAAGAAGAUGUCAGAAGGAGGAGGAGAAUACAGCGACCAGAAUCGUCUGCUGAAUUCUGCUAAUUCAAACAACUACGACGAGGAAAACGAGUUGGAAGCUCAGGACGGACGUAGUUCCAGCCUCAACAGGAGUGCUAGCUCUUCCAGAGGAGGCGGUGGCUUCCGGGAUCUGCUCAAGCAUUUGGAUCGAGGCUUCUCCGGACGCCGCCACAGUUUAAAGCGCCCCGAAAUUAGAGAUAACAGCAAUAGGAACACAAUUGUGGAUAAUCAUCAUCAGCUUAAUCAUCUAAAUGCUUCCGAUGCCAACGACGUCCUCGGCGACAGUGCCCCUCCUGAAUGGGCUUUACUUCUCCUCGGCUGCCUCCUUGGCCUCGCUACCGGUCUCUUUGUUGCCGCUUUUAACAGAUGGGUGCAUGUAAUACAUGAAUGGGCCUGGGCUGGUACUCCAAAUGAGGGUGCUGCUUGGCUUCGUUUGCAGAGACUGGCUGACACUUGGCAUCGAAUUCUCUUGAUACCAGUCACAGGAGGGGUUAUUGUUGGCAUGAUGCAUGGUUUACUUGAAAUAUUGCACCAAAUUAGGCAAUCCAGCUCUUCUCAAAGACAGGGUUUUGAUUUUGUUGCUGGUGUCUUUCCUACUAUAAAGGCUAUCCAAGCUGCUGUAACUUUAGGUACUGGCUGUUCUUUGGGUCCUGAAGGCCCUAGUGUAGAUAUUGGAAAAUCAUGUGCCAAUGGAUUCUCAUUAAUGAUGGAAAACAACAGAGAAAGGAAGAUAGCUCUUGUUGCAGCUGGGGCAGCAGCUGGAAUUGCUUCAGGUUUUAAUGCAGCAGUUGCUGGUUGUUUUUUUGCGAUUGAAACUGUGUUGAGGCCUCUUCGUGCGGAGAACUCUCCUCCUUUUACAACUGCAAUGAUAAUUUUGGCCUCUGUUAUCUCAUCAACUGUAUCAAAUGUUUUGCUUGAGUCAAAGUCAGCUUUUACAGUGCCUCAAUACGAUUUGAAAUCUGCUGCUGAGCUACCUUUAUACCUGAUAUUGGGCAUGCUAUGCGGUGUUGUUAGUGUAGUCUUCACUCGCUUGGUUGCUUGGUUCACAAAGUUUUUUGACUUAAUCAAAGAAAAAUUUGACCUUCCUGCUAUUGUGUGCCCUGCUUUGGGUGGUUUAGGAGCUGGGAUAAUAGCUCUCAAGUAUCCUGGAAUACUGUACUGGGGCUUCACAAAUGUUGAAGAGAUUCUACAUACUGGGAAGACUGCUUCAGCUCCUGGAAUCUGGCUGUUAACUCAAUUAUCAGCAGCCAAAGUUGUGGCAACUGCUCUGUGCAAGGGAUCUGGCCUUGUAGGUGGGCUUUAUGCACCAAGUUUGAUGAUUGGUGCUGCCGUUGGUGCUGUAUUUGGAGGCGUAGCAGCAGAACUUAUCAAUUCAGCAAUUCCAGGAAAUGCUGCUGUUGCCGAGCCACAGGCAUAUGCUCUGGUUGGUAUGGCUGCAACAUUAGCUUCUGUUUGUUCAGUACCCUUGACAUCGGUUCUACUCCUGUUUGAGCUGACAAAAGAUUAUAGGAUAAUUCUUCCUCUCAUGGGUGCUGUUGGAUUAGCAAUAUGGGUCCCCUCUGUGACAAACCAGGGGAAGGAGAGUGAAGCAUCUGAUACACAGAGUUCAGUGAAAGGUUAUACUUCUCUUUCACCUGCUGAUGAUAAAGAGGAAGUUAUUUGGAGAGGAACUGAUAGUGGAGAUGGUUUAGAACUUUCUGUUAUAGGAAAUGAUGCUGGUAUUGAACCAAUUAAUGAAGAUAUGCUUUUGGAAGAACUGAAGGUUUCUCAGGCCAUGUCAAAGAACUGCGUGAAGGUUCCACUAGUGAUAACCUUGAAGGAGGCAAUAGAUUGUAUGCAUGAUAACCAGCAGAAAUGUGUACUGGUGGUUGAUGAGGAAGACUUUUUAGAGGGCAUAUUAACAUAUGGUGACAUUAGACGAUGUCUUUCCAAGAGUAGCGAUACCACCAAAAGUGAUUCAAGGCAUCCGGAUGUGAACACAAUUCUUGUUUCCUCUGUUUGUACGCGAAGUAUAAGCUACCGUGGGCAGGAGCGUGGACUUUUAACCUGUUAUCCAGACGCCAAUUUGGCAAUUGCCAAGGAGUUAAUGGAGGCCAAGGGUAUCAAGCAGCUGCCCGUGGUUAAGCGCGGUGGAGGAUCCAAGAAAGGAAGGAAGCGAAGGAUUGUUGCUCUUCUUCAUUAUGAUGCAAUCCGGAACUGUCUCAGAGAGGAGAUAAAUCGCGGGAAUUUGUAUCAACAUAGAAAGGAAACCAAUCCCGAGGUGAUAGUUACAAAUGGCCAUUGAUGCUGUUAUGAAACUGAUUGUCGAGAGUUCCUUCAGGCUUCAACCCCCAUUUGCGAAAGAGAAGUUGAAAGUAAGACCAUGUGCGUCGUCUUUGUUUUUCUGGUAUUGGGCCUCCUAAAGUCGGUUGAUAGCCAAAAAAUACGUGGUCGACAGUCCCUCCUUUUGACGGCGGUAAUCAAUAUCAUUAUGAGUUUUUGCUGUGCCCAAGAUUCCUUUAGUGUAAUAUAGCAAUUUGCGCUUUGUACAUGCAACUUUCGGUUGCAAUUCAUAUCAGAAGUAAAAUUUGAUUGAAAAGAAUAGGAACCACAGUUUUACUUCAUUCAAAACUGAGUAUUGAAGCAAAUGAUAAAUGCCUGACGUGAAAGGCAUCAUCCAGCUGCAGUGUAGGCCUAUAUAUAUAGUGAAGCAAAUGAUAGUGCCCAAGUUCAUUACAAGGCCCUUUUAAUUA